AAGAAUGAGAAGGAAUCGUGUGCGUUCAUCGUGAUUAAAUCUAACCGCUGAAAACAAAUCAAUCGCGGUUUACUAAUGGCAUUUUCGUAAAUAUGAAAAAAAUCAAAUGAGCAAACUUCUUUCCUCAUUUUCGCGUUUUACUUUUCUCUCUCCUCAUUUCCAGAACUCACGUUUUCUCUCUUCAUUUUCUCUCUCCUCCAUUUUCACUCGCCACCGUGUUCUCCUUCGUCACUUGCUACAACCGUCGCGCCGCCACCAUCUCCAAAUUUGUGACAUUAUCAACGCGUUGUCUUCUCUUCUUCAAAUUUGUAGUAAUUGAGGAAAUUGCGAACAAUUUUUGGCGAAAUUCACUGCUCCGACAACUCUUCGCCGACGGUCACCACUCCGGCGACUUUUAACUCAUCGCCGAUCGUCUCAAUAUCUUCGUCCUCUUCUUUAUAUACAUGUAAAAUGGCUGAUAACACUUCAACACCGAAGUUGCCUAAAGAUGAAAAUGUCACUGCUUCAAAAGCUGCUAAACCGAGCUUGCGAACAGUAUCGUUCAAACAUAUUGCAAGGAAACCUACAAUACCUAUAAAGAAAGAACUACCCAAGUUGUUGACAAGGAUGUCCCCGAAUAGUAUUGCUCAACUGAACAAGACGAUUUCUGCUUCUCAACGAAGUGCAAUCGAGAAUGUAGGCUUUGGGGACCUUUUAUCUUUGAAAAUCUCCAAACUGCCACUACAUCUAGGUUUGUUUCUUGUGGAGAGUUUUGAUGCUAAUACGUGUUGUUUAAGAAUUCACGGAAAUGAAUUCUUCAUCACUGAGAAGGACGUGCACGAGGUGUUGGGGCUUCCUCUAGGUGUUGAAGAGAUCAACUUGGAUAAUGAUUGUAAGGACGUAGAAAUCUUGGAUUGUUGGAAGAAACAAUUCAAGAAGUUCAUGAAGGAGAAAGCAGCGAAAAAAGCAAAAAAAGUUAAGGCAGUUAAAGGUGAAAAUGUGAAGGUGAAGGAGACUUUCACUCAACUGAUUCCUGUUGGGGUUCUUACUGAUCAUUUGAAGUCAAGUAAAGCAUCUUCGGAUAUGUGGUUGAGGAAUUACGUAGUUCUUGUUACUUCGACUCUUAUUCAUGGAGGACAGAACCAAUUUGUUAACUGCUGGAUUCUGCGUUAUUUGAAGGAAAUGAGUCAAAUCAAAAAUUUGAAUUGGUGUAAUUUUGUGCUUCAAUGCUUGGUUAACAGUAAGAUGUACUGGGAAGAGGUAGAGGGAAGAUGGUUUGCUGGAUCUUUGGUAUUUCUUAUGCUGUUCUAUGUGGAUAAAGUUGCCUUAGAGGAAGUGCGUAUUGAAAGAUCACUGCCUAUAAUAAAAGGAUGGAAUUGUAAUAUGCUAUCCACACGAGAAAAACUUGAGAUCGAAUUGGGUAGGAUUGCAUUCCACGGGAUGAAUGAUGCAGUAGAUAAGGGUGAAACAUCUGGAACUCAAAAGCAACAAGAAGAGGUUAUUGAAAAUGAGAAUCCCGAACAAAAUGUACCGACUGAACAAGAAGUUCCUGAAUAUCAAUCAAAGGAAAACGCUUCUGCUUGUCCUGAAGAGAAUGAAGCCCCUCAAAUUGUAGAAAAUGUCAACCCUCCUGUUGAGAAGAACAAGUUUCAGUUGAAACAAGAUUGUAUUUUGGAGUUGGCUGUUGCUGCUAAUGAACUUGCAAUGGCAAUGGAGAAGUUUCAGCUAAAGGCGCAACAAGCAUAUUCUGAUUUCCCAGAUGAUCAAAGAAUUCAGUCCUUGAGAGAUUCAGCUUCAGUUGUGUGGGACAACUGUUCUUCUACAAACAACGUCAACCAAACAGAGAAUGUUGUUACUCCCAAUCCAAAUAUAACAGAGAAUCAAUCUGGGAUUCCUCGUGAAGAGCGUGCUGAAAUUCCUCGUGAAGAGCGUGCUGAAAUUCCUCGUGAAGAGCGUGCUGAAAUUCCUCGUGAAGAGUCUGUUCUAAGAUUUAGCCAAGAUGAAGAUGAUGAGUUUUGGAGGAAUCCGAUUGUGAUUAAAGCUUGGGAUGAUAUUGUUGAAAAAGGGAUACGAAACAAAAAUGCAAGAUGUGCACAGGAGCUGGUACCCCCGUCCUUUAGCCUUGGUCUUGACUCACCGCUUAAUGAAACUGUUUCUGAAAUUGCUGCUGAUGUUUUACACAAAAUUUUGAAGGAUAACGAGGUUGAGGUGGAUGAUACUCUGCCAGGGAUAGACACUGUUAUUAAAUUCCAUGAAAAUGCAAUUUUUGAAGAAGCCGUGUUUUUAGAGAAAGAAGUGGCUGAAAGAGAACUGAGGUUGGAUAGAAGGAGGAAUCAGAAAAAGAGGGAUUCACCAACAAAAGGAAAAGGACCCUGUGAGGUAAACAAAAGGCAGAAGGUGGAGAAUAGGGAAGUUACUCUGUCGAAGUCUUUGUGCUCACCAUAUAAGGAUCGAAUGGUGAAUAUAAAAAGUGCGCUAACACCUGCACAAAAAGCCAUUGUGGAUUAUGUGAUAAACCCUCAAGAACCUGCUGAUGAAAAACUUUUUGUGUGGAAAGUUGGUGAACGUGAUGAAUUUUCUUUGACAAGGCUUCAUUUUCAGUCAUUCAAACAAGGCAAUGGAAUGUUCUCUCCCAUAAUUGACGCUUAGUCGUUGAUUCUAAAUUCCAAAGAACAGUACAAAUCUGAUUCCUCACCAGCUCGUUUCUUUUUCAGUUGUCUACCAGCAGAAAUGAUUUUGGAAUUUAGCAAGGAAUCUGUUAAACUUAGGAAUGCAAAGUUUUUAGAAGCAGCAGACAAAGAAUUGAAGAGAAGUCGGUUUGAAAUCAAGGAUAUUGCGUUGUAUUUCUUCCCUGUUUGUCGGGCUGCCCAUUAUUUUCUUGUCUGCUUCAACACUCUCCUAAAUUCAAUGGAUUUGAUUGAUUGGGUUGAAGGUUUUCCAAGUUAUUGUAACCUUAUGAAGAACCUGAGGUAUGCAUUUGCCCACGUGAUGGGAAAUCAGGGCUCGGUACAAGGUAACUUGUUGAAGAAAGAUAUCAUGAAUAUGACUUCUUGUCUGCUGCCUUUUGAUUGGCAAUCCACUGAUGCUGCGCACGAAUACUGUGGAAUUUCUCUUAUGCGGCACAUGGAGGCCUAUAUGGGAGUGAAAAAGUGGGAUUGUGGUUUGAAGAAAAACGAUCUAUUGACAAUGGACAAACUUGCUUCCAAAUAUUGCGUGGAUAUAAUCAAAAGUGAUAUCAAUGAAGCAUCAGUCAUCAUAGACAAGAAAAUCAAAGGCAAAACCAGAGUUAGCUAAAGAUGAUCUCAUAUUCUUCUAAUUUCUGCAAAGAAGGAAAUGAUGGGUUGUUCUGCACUGCUGAUUCCAUUAGCGUCCUUGACUUCCGUCAGCCAUCUGGUAUUGGUCUUAAGAUACCUAAGAUUGGUGUAACUGUUCAGUCAGUAUCUUCUCGAGGGGAUUCUGUAUAUCUUGGUUGUAGUAGUGUUGUUUCAGCAGUAAAGAAAUAGGUGCAAUUUUGAAAGUUAAACAUUCGGUCAUUCUUUGUAAAUGAUCAAUUUUGAAAGUUCGGAAUUCAAACAUUUGCUCAUUAUUACUAAAUGAGCAAAUAUUAAAGUUUCAUUCAUUGUUACUAAAUGAGCAAAUAGGAGUCUAAACAUUUGCUCAUUAUUUAUAAAUGAGCAAAUAUCAAAGAUCUAAUUUAUAUUUGGUGUUUGAUAGCUCAUUUGGUUUU